AUGGGGAACAUCUUUGGCAACCUGCUGAAGAGUCUGAUAGGCAAGAAAGAAAUGAGGAUCCUCAUGGUGGGGCUGGAUGCUGCUGGAAAAACCACCAUCCUGUACAAACUAAAGCUGGGAGAGAUCGUCACCACCAUCCCCACUAUUGGUGCAUCAGAAAUUAAUUAAUUAAUUACACCUGUCACAGUCUUCCUCCAGCUUGUGUGACUCAUUUCAGUUUGCUUUUUUUUUUUUCAGGCUUCAAUGUAGAGACGGUGGAGUACAAGAACAUCAGCUUCACAGUGUGGGAUGUGGGUGGCCAGGAUAAGAUUCGUCCCCUGUGGAGGCACUACUUCCAGAACACCCAGGGUGAGCCUGAGCAGCAGGCACACACAAUACACACAUCGGCCUCGUUGGGGUGAACAAGUCUGUGCGGUCUCGUGGCAUAUUGUGCUGCACAUGCUCGCCCCCAGCACCUGAGAGCAUUUCUGACUAAUACUUCAGAUGAGGCCGUUUGCGUACAGCCUCCAACUGUUUCACAUCAUGAUAGUCUUAGUCAUGUUGAAAGCCUCAACAAACAAAUACACAUGAUCUAAAAAUAUGAUUUCAACAGUAUGAUGUAAACAUUUUGAUAGGAAGUGUGAUGCAAUUGUUUUUGAUAUGUGGGAACAGAUUUAACCCUUUGAAAGACAGAAGCUCUUGUCUCUGGCCGCAGGUUUGAUCUUUGUGGUGGACAGCAAUGACCGAGAGCGCGUCAAUGAGGCCCGGGAGGAACUGAUGAGGAUGUUGGCUGAGGACGAGCUGCGGGACGCUGUUCUUCUUGUCUUUGCUAACAAACAGGUAUCAGCAUCAUUGCACUGUGUUGCAGUCCUUACUUGUUGCAAUAUUGCACCCAUCACCUCAACAGUUUGGUGUUAAUGUGAUUUUUCUCUAGGACCUGCCCAAUGCUAUGAAUGCUGCCGAAAUCACAGACAAGCUGGGCUUGCACUCCCUACGCCACCGCAACUGGUACAUCCAGGCCACUUGCGCCACCAGUGGAGAUGGUCUCUACGAGGGCCUAGACUGGCUGGCCAACCAGCUGAAGAACAAAAAAUGA